AUGGAAGAACCAAAUUCUGAACGCUACAUAUUAUUUGAAGGAGAAAAUGAGGUGAACCAUGACAACUUCUGUUACGAGUAUGCAGAAAGGACAUCCAGAAAAAGUACCUCAAACGUUCAGUCACAUAAAAGCUUAAAAAAUAUUAUAAGCAAACAGAACAAAACGCUAUGGAAAGAUACAACAGAAUAUAUUCCCUACAUUCCAGAAAUAACACCUAAAUGCAGUCAGCGCUACACCGACCUCGAAAAAAAAAAGCUUAGUUUUUUAUGUUCCCUGUGCCUGCUACAAAGCGACUUAAGUAUUAUUGGAAAGCACAAUUUGAAAGAACUCUUAAAUAAUACUGAAAAGGAAAAAUGGAAAAAAAUUCCUUUCUUGUGGAUCCAUGAUUACAAAGCUACUUAUUCUACGUUAAAAAAAAAAAAAAAUAAUGUUAAAACAAUACAAUACAAUACAAUACAAAAUAAAAUAGAAAAAUAA